GACAAGGAGCCGAGGGAGCGAGGCUGGCAGGGCCGGAAAGCGACGCUGGGAGCUGGGCUCGCGGUCCUCGACCCCACCUCUCGCCGGAACCGGAUCGGAUCCUGGCGCGUCUGGGCGGGGCCGCUCUGUCGUCCGCUCGCUGGCUCCAUGUUCGAGCUGCUUCGCGGAGGGUGGACCGGGCGGAAAGAAUCAACCCAAAUGCCAGUCCAGUAAUAAUAUUCAGGUAAAUAUGUUCAUACGAGGGGAUCGGAAGGAUGGGGUAUAAUGAAGGAGGUGAAAAACUCUGACUGGGAAAUUUAAGGGUCAUACUAAAUAUGAAGCAUGCUGCCAACUUAAUGCUUGAAUCCAUGCAGCAUAAUUUGGUACUUUUUGCAUGUCUGUAAAUUAACAGUACCAGGCAAGGAAUUUUCACUUUAUCACAACUUAAUACCUUUUCUUUUUACUUUAUGACUAAUGUAUCUUGUUACUUCUAAUAUUUGUGACCUGUGCUUUCUUAGUUUUGUUCCAUAUUUGUAUAUGAUUAAAAAAAAUCUUAUUAGGGGUUUUGGCUGUGAAAUUGUCCCUGCCUGCAUAUUAUAGAAAUGGAAACUGCAAGAAAAAGCCCCAUUGUUCUGCUGUACCUUGGAAGCUCUUGAUCUGAAAUUCUGAGAAAGUUGAGAAAACAAAUUUAAAACUGAGCGUGGCACCAUGGAAGAACACCAGCAUAUACAUUGUGUAAAUUGUGUUAGUCGGCGUUGUAUGACCAGACCAGAGGCAGGCAUUUCCUGUGACUUGAUUGGUUGUCCAAUGGUUUGUGGAGCAGUAUUUCAUUCAUGUAAAGCUGAAGAACAUCGCCUUCUAUGUGCACUUGAAAGAGUGCCUUGUCUGAACAGUGGCUUUGGCUGUCCCUUUAUUAUAGCAAGAAAUAAAAUUGCUGAACAUCUAGAAACAUGCCCUGCGAGUGUGGUAUGCUGCACUAUGGAGUGGAAUCGAUGGCCAGUCAGUUAUGCUGAUAGAAAAUCUUAUGAAAAUCUAAGUAAAGAUGUUGAUGAAGUUGAACAAUUAGAUAUGGCUCUUGCCCUUCAAGAUCAGCGAAUGCUCCUUGAAUCUCUCAAAGUUGCAACGAUGACAUCAAAAACAGCUGAUCCCGUGUCAAAGUCCAGAGAGCAGAUUUCAGUUGCAAGUACCCAAGAUGUUACACUUGCAAAUGGCUUGAUGACUGUAGAUAAAGAGUCAUAUGGUGCACUUUAUCAAGCAACUGUGGAAACAACGAAGAGUUUAGCUACAGCUCUGGAUAUCCUGAACUCAGCUACUAGAGAUAUAAGCAUGUUAAGUUCAAAACUUGGUAUUUCACCAUGUGAAACAAAUGAAAAUGUUGAAACAAAAGAGCAAAACUGUGAUAGAAAUAUGCAUAAACAGUUAGGAUAUGACUGUCAAGAUGAUGGUAGCAUGGGAGCAGUUGGUGGGAUUCAGUUAGAUGUCUUGGGUCAAAAUGCACAGUUGGAACAAAAUGGCUCAAGUGACAUUUGUUACGAUACCAUGCAGGAAUACAACUUGAAUAUGAGCCUUGAUAAUACCUCUUUAUGUAAUGGCUUUUAUGUAGACAGUGCUGGCUCAGAUACUCUGCAACAGAGUGAAGAACUAGAAACGAGUAGUUUCAAUCAGUCUAAUGUAGCAAAUGGUAUAACUAAUGCAUCUUCUUGUGAUGAAACAUUGAAUUCUUACAACCUUAUUCCUGUAGCACCACCAGUGAGGGAAGAAAUUCCUCUGCACAGUUUUUCUAAUGGCACUAUUAAUCAUGUAUAUCUGCCACGUGACUACAGCGAUGAACUAUUACAGAGGCAAAUAGAACAAGACAGACUCAGAAACAUAGAUGUAUUUUCCUUAAUUCCUCAUCGUACCUACAAUUUCCUUGCAAAUCACUACUUAUCUGCACCAAAGGAAGACAAAGCAGUAGAUACAUCUGAUCUAGAAAUAACAGAAGAUCCUAUGGGUCUUCAGGGAAUAGACUUAAUCACAGCAGCAUUACUGUUUUGUCUUGGAGACUCACCUGGUGGCAGGGGAAUAUCUGAUAGUCGUGUUAUUGAUGGAUACCGUGUUGAUUUUGGAACUCAAACAUUUUCUCUCCCAUCUGCAAUCUUGGCCACAAAUACAAUGGUAGGCGAGAUUGCUUCAGCCUCUGCAUGUGAUCAUGCAAAUCCACAGCUCUCAAAUCCAAGCCCUUUCCAGACUCUUGGGCUAGACUUGGUACUAGAAUGUGUGGCUCGAUACCAAACAAAGCGCUCAAUGUUUACAUUUGUUUGUGGACAAUUGUUUAGGAGAAAUGAAUUUUCUUCACAUUUUAAGAAUGUACAUGGUGAUAUUCAUGCUGGCCUCAAUGGCUGGAUGGAGCAGAGAUGUCCUCUGGCUUAUUAUGGGUGUACAUAUUCUCAACGCAGAUUCUGUCCUUCAACACAAGGAGCAAAGAUUAUUCAUGACAGGCAUCUUCGGUCAUUUGGGGUUCAGCCCUGUAUAUCUACUGUGCUGACAGAGCCUGACAAGAGAUGCUGCUUAGGACUGCGUAGUGAUCAUCUGAGUAAUCUUCCUUUUGAAGUUCUGCAACACAUUGCAGGCUUUCUAGAUGGCUUUAGUUUGUGUCAGCUUUCACAAGUGUCACGAUUAAUGAGAGAUGUGUGUGGAAGCUUACUGCAGGCACGUGGAAUGGUCAUAUUACUUUGGGAAAAGAGGAUGUAUCCAGAUGGAAGUUCUUCAUGGCAAAUAAAGGAGAAGGUGUGGCGAUUCAGCACAGCAUUUUGUACUGUAAAUGAGUGGAAGUUUGCUGACAUCGUAAGCAUGGCUGACCACUUAAAGAAAUGCAACUACAAUGCUGUGGAAAGACGGGAAGAGGCUGUACCACUGCCAUGUAUGUGUGUCACACGAGAACUUACAAAAGAAGGACGAUCCUUGCGCUCCGUCUUGAAACCUGUACUUUAAACAUGAAGAAUUUACUCCCAGUUGCACAUACACUCAAGCACCUGAUAUAACCUCUAUGUAAUAUAUUGUGACACUUUAUUAAUUUACUAAAGUUUUUUGAUGUAAAACUACUCUCAUUAUGUAAAUAAUGUUUUGAAGUGGCAUUUAUUUUUUAUAAUACUGUCUGGUUAGAAUUAAUGAAAGUUGCCUUAAUGUUUGAAAAUAUGGAACUUGCUGGACAGGGUAGUUUUAUAUAAUUUGUACCAUCUGUAAAGUUUUCAUUAGGAUUUUGUGAUGUGUUGAUGUCCAUUUCUUUUAUUGGCUUCUGACUUCUAGAGGGUGUGCACAUUUAGAGAGGAACUCAAAACUGUAUAGAGAGAAAUCUGACCAAACGGUGAACUAAAUUGGUCUUUUUGUGAGUUGCGGUAUAACCAUUUAAAAACUGAAUUCUAGCUAGAAUUUAGCAGGAUGUAUUUUGAUCUUUUAAGAUUGCUGUGCUCAUUUAAACUGGUGAUAUUUAAUGGAGUUUCUAAUUUUGGGGGAUAUGAAGGGUUGCAUCAAGCUAUCCUUGCACCAGCGGAAUGGACACUGCUGAUGGAUUGAAUUCCCUCCCCUUGCUGUGCACCAACUCCAGUAUGCUUCUGGAAGAUUGUGGGAACAGAUUUCAGGGGAGAGGAAGGAAUACCCAUGGCAUGAACAGAAAUCUGCUUUAAUAAUAUUGAUUUUAGCCCUGUAUAGGACAUGUGUUUUUAGUGCUAAUGCAAAAGAAUAGGGAGAGUAAUCCACAAUUCCUUGAAGUCAGUAGAGAAACAGUUUAUUUUAAUGGAGCAGAAUUAAAUCUUAAGUGAAUUAAAUGUUCUGAUGUCAGGUAGAUUUGCUUCUAAUUGUAUCUUCCCUUUAUGAUCAACACAGGCUGCUGCUACUAACAGUCUAAUGGAACAAAAUUUAAUUGUAUUUCAGUCAGUCUUGAAUGUACACCUAGUGUAGCAUUUUGGGUUCACAAAUGUUCUUCCCUUUUUAAAUUGUGGAUGGCUAAAUGAUGAACAUUAUGAAAAUUUCUGUAGUUUGCUGUAAACCAGCUACUCAGAAUUUAAAAUUUUAGAUGCAUACAAUGGGUAGGACUUAAGUUUCAUGAUAUUGAUGGAAUAUACAUUACUGUUAACUUGUCUACAGAUGUUCAACUUGGCUUUAAGGGCAUUUGAAUUGUAUAGGACUUUGAUUCUAAAUACACACUGAAGUAAGUUCCAUUGAAAUUUGGAAUUUGCUUAUAAGAAAAUGUGUUUAGGAUAGAGGUGUCAGUAUGCCAUCUUUAUAAGAUGAAACUCCAUUCACUGCAUAAAACAUAUCAUAAAUUCAGAUUUUCUGUAGUCCUCCAUAAUGAGGACAUUGUGUUGAAUGUUUACUGUACAUAUAAGAAUGCCUUUAACUAUACUAGCUUAAUGCAGAGGCUUUCAUACUUGAUACUGCUAGUUUAUUGAGGUUGGUGUCACAGACUAACAGAACAAGUUGGUAUAAAUGAAAUAGGGAUUUCUGAAUGUUGAAGUAUUGAAAAGAUUAUAGAAAUGGCUAAUUUAUAAUGGAGUCAUUUCAGUAUACUUGAUUAUGAGUUCUUAUGUUCAACAUUUAUGAAUCCAAUCUGGGACAUAAUUGCAUUUUUAAUAACCUUGGAUGUCUCUCUCGCUCUCUUUUUUAAAGAUGCCUCAUUCUCUAGUGCCAUAUAGUGAGACCAUUGAAGAAUGUUGAUACUGGCUUUAUACAGCUGAUUUCAGUAAUGCCUGGAUCUUGGGAUUAGUUAACUAUUCUCACAAAGCUGCCUUUCUCCUAAAGAAGCCAGAGAGAAUUUUCCUUCAACUCUGUGGAAUCUUGUGUUUAGUUGACAGGAAAACAUUUCUAUUUUUUACUGGCUUGGAGAAGAGAGAAGUAGGGGUACUGCUGCACUAGUCCUGAUAAUAUACUGACCCUUCUUUCAUGUAGGCCUCUUAUAAUCAGGAAAUCUUUACACUCAAGCUAUCUAAAGUACCUUAGCAAUUUCUUGGCAUUUGCCUUUCUUCAAGAAAGAGUAGUCAGCCUCAAAUAGCCAAUAAUGCUUAUUUCACAGUAUUACAGGCUCCUUCUGUAUACACUAAUGUUUAACCAUCAACUAUCUUAACCAGUGUAUACUUCAUUAACUGUACUUCUUGUUAAAGAAUAAAGAUGGGCAGAAAUAUUUCUUGGCCCUUUGCUUGGAAUACGGCAACUAUAAAAAUUACAGUAGAAAGUUCUCUGAUUUCAAAAGAAGUACAGUUAUAGUUGCGGUGAACAUUUGGUUAAUUUUUUUUCACAUCAAGCAUUUUGAACACUUCAUUCUCAAUGCAACAUACACCUUUACUUUCAAAUCUAAUUACUGUGUUCUGUUAACUUACUCCAGAGCUAUUAAAGUAGUAAUGCUGUCAAGAAUUCUAUCCUGUAUACUUUUGUGUACAGAAAUUCAGUAUAAAUCUAGGAUAUCAGUAUUUUAUACUGCUAUGCAUUUUUUUAAAAAACACAAAGCAGUAGUAUGUCAUUUGUCAAUCAAUACUUGAGUUUCUCUCUUGCAUUAUAACUUGCAUUUUGAAUGUUUGAGUUUUUUUCCAUUUGCAUUGCCUUUUUCAUAUUCACAGCUAUUCCUUUCUUACCAAUACUAAAUAAGUUUUUUGUUAAUGGUAUUUUUGCAAUGUCUGUCAUAAUUCUAAUAAAACACAUUUGUCAUUUCUCUCUA